UUGUGAUCGACUGGACGUAUGUUUGUAGUCUUAAACUAACACUAUUUUGUUUUUAAAUAUAUUUCGUGAAUCGAUCCUAAGUAAAUAAUUAUAAUGGUCGGCGUUCAAUUUUAAACCGAAGAAAAUUCUUGAUAAAAUGUUGAUACCAAUCGGGUUCCUGUCAUUCGUCCUUGUGGCGUCAUCUAGCGGACAGAGAGAAGGAGAAUCCUGUGUGGAUCAGUAUGCAAACACAGUGGGCAGAUGCACGGUGGUAGACCAAUGCCAGUCGGCUAAACGAGACUUUCAGUUGAAUGGUAUUCGACCUACUUUCUGUUCCUACACUACAUUCGGAGCAGCCAUCGUAUGCUGUCGGGACGGAACCAACAUAUUACAAUCACCCACAACUAGAGAUCGGGAUCAGAGACCUAUUUGGGGCACAGCUGAUGGAGGAACAAAUUAUAGAAGAAGAGUCAGCGAGAGAAAAUGCGAAGAAUACAGCAGAGCUGUCGUAGAAAAAGUCCCGUACAUACCAUUGAUACCGAAUCCGGAACCUUUUACGGUUUCCGCAGCAAAAUGUGACUAUACCGGGGUCGAACUUAUCGUUGGCGGUGAGAAUGCCAAUCCUGGAGAGUUUCCGCAUAUGGCAGCCAUAGGUUGGGCAACUUUCGAAGGAACAUACAAAUUCAGUUGUGGCGGGACCCUAAUAAGCCCACGAUUCGUGGUCACAGCUGGACAUUGCAUCCGAGAUCCCAGUGCACAGAACCCGGAGCCAGUCAUUGUAAGGUUGGGAGACCAGAACAUAGACAACAAUGUUUAUGAUGGAGCUAAUCCUAUUGAUGUAGCAAUUCGCAGAAUCCAUAAGCAUCCUGAGUACCGUCCUCCGAAGGUCUACAAUGAUAUAGCAUUGUUGGAACUGGUGUCUGAUGUCACAUUCAGCACAACCAUCAGACCAGCUUGUCUGUGGUUCCAGCAGGACUUGAGAGGUCAUGAAAAGGUCAUCGCGACUGGAUGGGGAGUUGUUGAUACGCGGACCAAGCAAAGUGCGAAAGAGUUGCAGAAGGUGUCCUUAUCGGUCCUUGACGAGGGUUUCUGCAAUGAAACCCUGAAAUUCUUCUUCAAUCGCAACUGGCCUGAUGGGUUCCAGCCGACGCAAAUGUGUGCUGGUGAAUUAAGCGGCGGGAAAGAUACUUGUCAGGGUGACUCCGGAUCUCCUCUCCAAGUGGUAUCAAAGGAUAACUCCUGUAUCUUCCACGUGGUCGGGGUGACGUCAUUCGGACGAAAUUGCGCGGACAAAGGACGACCUGCCGUCUAUACUAGGAUCGCUAGUUACGUAGACUGGAUCGAGAGUGUCGUCUGGCCGGGAGAAUAAAGUAGAAUUAUAAUAGUUUAAGCAGAAAUCUUUUGGUUUUUUUUACUCAUCUGUUCUGUCAGUUUAUUUUAUUAGAAUUUCGACUUUAUUCGUUACAAAAAAAAAU